AUGAGGGUGCCGUUGGACCUCAACGUGGGCGAGGAAGAGUUCAGAGCGCUGGUGAAACCCCCCAGUGUGGAGGCUCUUUGGGAGUGGUACGAGGAGCGGGGCCAGUGGUCGGCAGAUCCUUCCUGGGCGCAGGUGUGGCCCUGCAGCGCGGCCCUGGCGGAGCUCGUGGCCGCGGACCCGCGGAGCGUCCGAGACCUCCGCGUGGCGGAGCUUGGCGCCGGCUUGGCUCUGGCUGGGCUAACCGCCGCCCUGGCCGGCGCCAGAGACGUGCUGCUGCUCGACCGGGAGCCUUUGGCCCUCCAUUGCGCCGCUUCCUCUGCCUCACUUCAGCAGCUGCCGGUGGCCUCCGUGAACGAUGAGACAGCGGACGUGCGCGCGGUACGCGCCGCGGUCUUUGAUUGGGCGGCGCCUCAGCAGUUCAACGUGGCAAUGGACGAAGUGGUCCUGGCCUCGGAGGUUUUGUACGACCCCCGGGAGGCCUCGGAGGUGGCGACGGCCGCGCUGCGCCUGCUGCGGGGCAAGCAGAACCUGCCACUGCACCAUCGACGGGUCCUGGUCACAGAUCCGCGGACUGAACGUAUGGCCGGCGCCCGCGAGGCUCUCGCCGCAGCGCUGCGAAAGGCCGGCGCCAGCGUGGAGAUCCGGCAGGUGCCCACCCCGAACCUCGGGGAAGGGCUGGCGGACCAGGAGGAUGUGGUCCUGAUCGACGCACGAUGGGACUGA